AUGGCAUCACCCAUCUCGCAGACGCUGGAGGAGAAGCUAGUGUGCUCCAUCUGCCUGGAGCUGUUCAGGGUGCCUGUGACCUUGCUCUGUGGGCACAACUUCUGCAAGUGCUGCAUCAGCAACCACUGGCAAAAGCAAGAGCAGGAACCCACCUGGGCAGAGAGCGGCUACACAUGCCCCGAGUGCCGCAGGGGCUUCAGCCAACGCCCAGAGCUGGAGAAGAAUGUCACCCUGUGCAGCGUGGUGGAGCUGGCACGGGGUGGUGAGGCGUGGGUCUUGGGCACAGAGAGGUGCAAGGUGGCCAGCGGCGAGCUGUGCCCACAGCACAGGCACCCACUGGAGCUGUACUGCAAGGAUGAGCAGCGGUGUAUCUGCUGUGUCUGCACGGUGUGGCAGUGCCAGCGGCACCAACGUGUGCUCUUCGAGGAGGAGCGCUCAAAACAGCAGGGCCUUUUGGAAGAGUACAUGGAAAAAGCCCAGAAGGAAUCGGAGAGGAUCAAGCAGGUGAUGAAGGAGCUGGAGGAGCGAACACGCAGCAUCAAGGACUCUUCCGAGGGGCUCAAAUCGGUGAUUCUGAGCAAAUUUGCCCUCCUGAGGAAAGCUCUGGAGGAUUUCCAGGGGCAGACAGUGGCCAGGAUUGAGCAAGAGCAGGCAGUGGCACUGGGACGUGUGGGGGAGAACUGGAGCAUCCUGAAGGGCCGCCUGGACAUCCUCGGCCAGCACAGGGAGAGGGCUCAGCAACUCCUGGCCUGCCCCGAUAACAGGACCUUCCUCCAGGAAUUCCCCCUGCUCCCAUCUCUGGAGAGCCCAGAGGCACUGCUACCGAUGGAUUUUGAUGUGGCUGGUGUGGUCAAGCCCAUCACUGAAAUCCUCACCGACAUCUCCAGGCUUCUGCUGGAAGACCUGUCCAGCUCUGUGGCUCCCAAAGCCCCUGACCCUGUUGACCAAGGCCCAGUGCAUCCCCAGGAGAUGGUGGUGAAGGUGGCGGCUAACCUUCCUGAUUGCCAGCUCCGAGCUGAGCUUCUGAAGGACCACCGCAACCUGACCUUUGAUCCCAAGACGGCCAACAAGUACCUGGAGCUGUCAAAAGGAAACCGGAAAGCCAAGCACAGGCCUGGCACUAUCUGCAGGCAGCAGGAGCAGGGACCCCGCUUUGAGCCCUGGCAGGUGCUGUGCGCACAGGGCUACAGCCAUGGCCACCACUACUGGGAGGUGAAGAUCUCCAGCCACUCCGUUGUCCUGGGGGUGACCUACCGCAGCCUCUGCCAGGAGUGGAAGCAGGGACACAAGUUCAACAUCGGUCUGGACAGGGGCUCAUGGGGGCUGCAGGUGCGGGAGGAUUGCUACCUGGCCUGGCACAAUGGCCAGCUAGAGAAAAUCCAGGAACAGCUGUGUAGGAACCUGGGGGUCAGCCUGGAUUAUGGCAAGGGGCUCCUCUCCUUCUAUGGGCUCGGGGAGAGGACAUGGCUCAUCCACUCCUUCCACGAUGUCUUCACCGAGCCCCUCUAUCCCGUUUUUUGGCUGUGCGAGGGGCGAGCAGUGGAGCUGUGCUGGAGGGAUUAA